UUAUUUUCGCGCUGUUCUAGGGAGGUGUGUUCGCAGAAGAUUUGCAAUAUUUGUUCUCGCCGGUCUUUGUUGACGGGCUCCUUGGUGCUAAACUCUUGCAAAGCUUCUAGUUUUUCUAAAUAAACUUUUAUUAUUUUUAACUUAUAUUAAGUAGAUUUUAAACAGUGAUAACAAUGGAAACCGCUCAACAAUUUGAUACUAAAAUAACUUCUGCGAAAACUAUUUUGCUAGACAUCGAAGGCACAACCACCUCGAAAAGCUUUGUUAAGGACACUUUGUUCCCUUAUGCCUCGGACAAUGUACAAUCCUUCCUAACAUCUAACUGGGAGUCUGCAGAUGUUAAAUCUGCAGUAUCUGCAUUGAGAGAACUAGCUGUUAAAGAUAAAUCAGAAUCAGUUGAAGGCUGUGUUGAGAUAAUUGAAGAAGAUGAUAGCAACCGUGAGGCUGUUAUCAAAUCAGUUGUUGAUAAUGUAAAAUGGCAAAUCAGCCUUGAUCGUAAGACUGGAGCUCUUAAGACAUUGCAGGGACUCAUCUGGGAGAAGGGGUACAAAGAUGGUACCAUUAAGGGACAUGUCUAUGAUGAUGUUCCUGAAGCUCUAACAAGCUGGUCAGCCUCAGGUCACCAACUCUAUAUUUACUCAAGCGGAAGUGUAGCUGCCCAAAAACUCUUGUUUGGCAACACAGAAAAAGGCGAUUUGUUGGACAAGAUCUCAGGUCAUUUUGAUACCUCUGUUGGCGGUAAACAAGAAGUGGACAGCUACAAAAACAUCAGCAAAGAAAUUGGCUGUGAUCAAAUUCUUUUCUUGACUGAUAUCGUAAAUGAAGCAAAUGCUGCUUUAGAAGCUGGUAUGGCUGCUGUUCUAGUUCAGCGUGAUUCUGAGACUUCAUUUACCGAUGAAGAUAGAGAAAAGCAUACCAUAAUUAAAUCAUUCUCAGAAUUACCUUUAGAAGCAAUUAGCGCUAAAAGAAAAUCAGAUGAUAAAGAUGAGGAAGAGCAUCCUGCAAAACUUGCCAAAAUUGAACAAGAUGAGGUAGCCACUACAACUGCAGAAGAGAAAUCAGUAGAAGUUACCGAAUCAGCUGAGAAAUCAAAUGAAGUGUCUGAAACUUCAGAAAAAUCUGUUGAGGUUGUUGAUUCUGCUGAAAAGUCAAAUGAAGUACUCACUUCUUCAUCUGCAGAAGAGGUUGUAAAAGAUACUGAAACACCAAUGGACACUGAUGUAGAAAUGACUGAAGUACCAGCAGUAAGUGCUGAAACCACAACAGAAUCAUCAGACAAAGUUGAACCAACUGUGGAAACUGCUGAAAGUACUACUACACAGGUUGAAAAAGUUGAAACUACCACUGAUGUGGAGAAGACUGAAACUGAAGUUGAAAUGACCACCGAUGUGGAGAAGACUGAAAAAACUGAGACUGAACCAGAGAAGGCUGAAGUUGAACAAAUAAAACCAGAGACUGAAACUGAGAAACCACAAGAGACUGAAAAACCAGAAGAGGAGCAAAAGCCUGAAGAGACCAAAACAGAAACCAAUGAAGUUGAACCUAUGGAAGUUGAUUCAGGUAAGAAGACUGAAUCGGAAGAAGUUGUCUCUGCCAAGGCUAGUGAAGAAACUGUUAAAGUAGAGGAACCAUGUGAUAGUACUGAUGCAAAAACUUCUGAUGUUGUCAAAGAAAGUGAAGAAUCUGCUGUCGUAGCCACAACAGAAACUGAAACAGUUGCUGUGACCACAACAGAUGUAACCAAAGAGAAUGGUGAGGAGACUGAUGAUAAAACAAAUUCAGAAAUAGAUUCAACGAAACCUGAAACUGUUGUCAUUGAAGAAAAUGAGGCUGAAAACAAAGUUGAAGCAAACGGUACUGCGGAAGUAAAAGAAGCAGAAGUAUCUGAAGUGAGUUCUGAAAAGGUUCAAGCUGAUGUUAAUGUAACUUCUAGUGAUGCCAAACCCAGUGAUGAAAAUGACCACACUUUAAAAGAAUCCAAUGGGGUUGAAACAAAUGGUACUAAUGGAUUGAAAUCCAAAAUUGAGGGAAAUGGUGAUGUCGUAGAAUCUAGCACCAAUGGAGCUGAUUCAGAUAAAGAGAAUGAUAAAGAAGCAGAAGUCAAUGGUGAUAAUGUCACAAAUGGAUCCACAAAUGGCGUAAGUGAUGAGGCUGUGCAGGAAGUGAAAGUGAAGAAAUUGCCAGCUGAUUCAAGUCCUGCCCCUGCCCCUGUGGAAGAAGCUGCCUAAUUAUUUGAAGGUGGUCAAUUUCAAACACUUAAAAAGUAUUUGAUUCUUUUUAAGUUGCUAUUUGUAUAUAUUUGAAGACGGAUGUUGAUAAAGAUGCAUUCCCUAAUUUGGGGAUUCAUUGUUUAUUGAAGUACAUGUUAUCAUUAUUCGUUCAUUUUAAUUUAGUUAGGUUUUUAAUAUGUAAUUACAUUGCCGAUCAUUUUAGUAGUGGUGCCAAAAUCAAGUUUACACAUUUAUUUAUUC